CUGAUCUCAAGAUCUAAGCGACAUCUUCUUGCACCCGUGAGGUCAUCAGCUUUUGCGGAGCUUGAGUUGCUCCUCUUGACGUUCUGCACCGGCAUACAAGAUGCAAUCUCCUUCCCCGACUACCACUGCUUCGCCUCCAACCAGACCGGCAACACCGUCUUCCUCGCCGUCUCGGUCGUCGUGCCUGAGUUCAACGGCGACAUGUUCUUCACUGCCAACAUCGGCGUCGCGCUCGGCCUGUUCCUGGCAGGCGGCUACCUGACCGGGCAGCUGAGCCACAUCGUCGGCCCGCGGCUGCGGCUGUGGCUGGUCCUGUGCAACCUCGCACAGACGGCCAUGGUCUUCGCGGCGGCGGCGAUCCAGCUCCGCUUCGGCGUGCACCACACCGGCCCGCGGGACCUGGCCGUCAUCGCGCUGCUCGCCUUCGCCAGCGGCAGCCAGGUCGUGCAGAGCCGCAGCCUGCGCAUCACCGAGAUCUCCACCGCGAUGGCGACGGCCGCGUGGGUCGACCUGCUGAUGGACCCGCACCUGCUGGCGGUCAAGGAGACGAACAGGCCUCGGAACAGGAGGCUGUUCUUCCUGGUCACGCUUGUCGUUGGGUCGUUGGCGGGCGCGGGAAUCUACAAGGCAGCUGGCUCGCACACAGCUCUUUUUGUGAGUGCUGGCGGGAAAGCCCUGGUGACGGUGAUGUAUCUGUUCAAUGGCACGGAGAAGGAGAAGGUCGAGACAUCUGCAGCGUGA